AUGAUACCACAAAUUCGAUCUCAGCAAUGGUCCAAUAACAACAACCGUAUCAGUUCUCCAUCAUACCCAUUACCUUCAAUAUCUCUGUCUCUUAAUCAUUCACUUGCAGAGAAAGAUGCAUUGCCAAAGCUUCCACCUAUACAUUUUCUCACAGAACAAGCAAACUUUUAUAGCACACAGCAACAGCAACAACAACAACAACAACAACAACAGCAUGUUGUUGUUGUUGUUGUUGUUGUUGUUGUUGUUGUUGUUGUUGUUGUUGUUGAAUUACAACUACAACAACUACAGCCGAGCGUUUCCCAUCGUCGGUUACCAAUAAAACCAAAUACAUACUCUAUUCUCUCCCAUUAUCCUCAAACUACAGGACACACAAGUACCUCACCAAAAGCUUCAUCAUCAUAUAUCGGGGAACAAUACAUAUUCACACAAUCUUCUCCUACUUCGCCAAUAUCUCCCGUCUUUUCUCCAUACCAAGUGCAACAAAAUCAGCAAUAUCAACAAUAUCAGCAGAAUCAUCAAUAUCAGCAAAAUCAGCAAAUCCAGCAAAUGCAAUUUCAACAUAAACUAGGGAACUACUCACAAACACCACCACCCUCACUACCUCUUCCUCUACCACAACCUUCUUUUAAAAUGACAAGUCAUUUAUCUUACCUGUCAAAUACUGAUCACACAGCAUUUCAAGCGCCCUCGCCUAACGUACCACAAACAGUGUCUCCUGUAACAAGCACCAACUCAUAUCUGGAUCAACGAAGAACGAAGAGAAAGUAUACUAAAGCAAUUAGUAAAGGCGGUUCCAACUAUUCUAGAUUCCAUUCCAAAUCCACUGCCUCUUUAUCUUUUUCACCUCCAUCGCAAAAUUACAAUAAAAGAAAGCCUAGACAAAGUCUUGUUGUCGAUGAAGAGGCAAUUCAUUACCCAAUUCAUAAAGAUGUUUUAUUAGCCAAUGUUCCCAGUGCAACUGUUGAACAAUUAAACACAUUUAUUUACCCCAGGAUUGAAACCAAAAAAUAUUCUACUUCAGCUAUAGACCCUGUACGAAAUUUCCUCACUGUUUAUGAGUACGUGGUGAAUGAUCAUUGGAUUAUAUGGGAUUAUGAAACGGGAUUUGUCCAUUUAACAGGAAUUUGGAAAGCUUCUCUUUCAAGUGUUGAGGAUUCCAACCAUGCCAUACCAUCAGCUAAUCAUUUAAAAGCCGAUAUUGUCAAAUUAUUGGAAUCAACACCAAAAGAAUACCAGGCAUAUAUCAAGAGAAUCAGAGGUGGGUUUUUGAAAAUUCAAGGUACUUGGUUACCUUUUGAAUUGUGCAAAAUACUAGCACGAAGAUUCUGUUACUAUAUUAGGUAUGCUUUAAUACCUAUAUUUGGAGUUGACUUUCCUGAAUCAUGUCUCGAUCCAAAUGAAAAAGGGUUUGGUGAGUUGAAGUUGGAUGAUUUAACUGAUUUUGAGCAAGAUUUGUUGCCCAAACCUGUACCACCGCCUGCCUCAAUUGCAUCACAGAAUGAAUUGGCUCAACAGGCAGCACUUGGAUCACCCCUUAGCCUUGGAAAGAAGGACAAUGAUGUUCAACUUGGUAAUGGUGAAAUUCCAGUAAUGGGCAUUUUCCAUUCGACCCCGCAACCACAAGAAAGAAAAGAUGAUGAUGAUGAUGAUGAUGAUGAUGAUGAUGAUGAUGAGGGAGAGGGAGAGGGAGAAGAACGGCGGCGGCGGCAGCAACAACAACAACAACAACAACAACAACAAAAGCGAAUUGACUCACUGGAAAUACCAUACCACCAUUACCAAUGCAAUUCAGUAGGCAGUGAAUCUUUGCAAAAGCCAGCGACUCCUUCAACUGGCAAUAUGACGUCUGAUAAUGGUGAGGGAAAUAGCUAUAGCGACUUGCUUGAAAUAAUGAAUGCUUCCAAAUGUCUUCAAUCUUUAGGUAGAGAUUGCAAGAUUCGAAAAUGCAAGAGCCUCUCUGAGAUUUGUACCGAGAGAAAGAUCAAUGAUAAUAACAAUAAUAAUGAUGACGAUGCAGCUACUGAAAAUGAAGAUGAGGAAGAUAUCAAUUAUACUGUUUUGCUAAAUAAGAAACUUUACAAUGAUGCUACUGGAAUCUCUUCAAUUUUGUUAGCUGCAAAGUUGAAAGAAGGCAAUAAUGAUGCCUCCUUGCUGCUUGACAAAUACCUAAUCAACAAUGAAAAACUUGAUAACCCAAGACCGAGUAUGAAAAUCGGUGACUUGACUGCUCCACUAGCGAGCAAAGCAAGCUUGUAA